GCUACAUCUGAAACCAGUCUUGUUUGCUUAACCUCUUCGCUAUUUCUCAGAAUUGCAUUGCAAUAUCGGCUGUGACCAGCUUCACUUUCGGUAGUCUUUGAAAUCAGCUUUACUUGAAAGAGUAAUUUGGAAGAACCCAGGACCAAUCUGUUUACCUGGAGCAGGAAUGACACGGGACGCAUCAAUGUAACCCCUCUUUGAACAAGGUCAGCAGAGAUUGCUGCACACAGUGUUUAAAAUACAGAUCAUGGUCUCCCAACAUUCAUAUUAAAGCAGCCUGCUCCAACUAUUACUGUAACAGGUUGCCAGAGUACAUCAACUAACAGCCUGUCCUGCUCUGCACAGAGCUGAUGCCGAGAACUGACCUGCAGUGGUAUUGACAUGGAGAGACCAUUAUAAUGGACCAGCAGGAAAAGAGGGAGGAGGAAGACCCCGGGGAGAGAGGUUUGCUCCAUACCUGGAAGGGCUACUCCUGUGGGCUCACGCCUCACAGAAUCCUUCUGUCCAAGCCUGUCCUGCAGGCUGCCCUGGGCACACGCCAUGGCGUACUGCUGGCCGAAGGUGGCGAGGUGUACAGUUUUGGGGAGCUGUCUUGGAAACCAGGCUCGGCCGCUGACAGGGCAGUCCCCAUGCUGGAGCAGGCCCUGUCAGGCCAGAAAAUUGUCUCUGUGGCAGCCGGGAGCUUCCAUAGCGGGGCGGUCUCCGAGCAGGGCGCCGUGUACAUGUGGGGAGAGAACUCUUCCGGCCAGUGUGGCGUGGCCAGCAGAAGCCCAGUCCCCGAGCCGACGGCGGUUCCCAUCGCCGACCCCGACACCAGCCCCCCGCAGCUCAUCCGGAUCGCCGAGCUGGCGUGCGGGGAGCAGCACACACUGGCCCUGUCGGCCCACCGGGAGGUGUGGGCCUGGGGCAGCGGGUGCCAGCUAGGCCUGGUCACCAGCGUCUUCCCGGUCUGCAGGCCCCAGAAGGUGGAGCACCUGGCCGGGCGGCACGUGCUGCAGGUGGCGUGCGGGGCGUUCCACAGCCUGGCCCUCGUCCGCUGCCCCCCACCCCAGGAGGCCCGCCCCCCCCCGGACAAAUGCAAAAACUGCAACCAGCUCCUCAUCACCAUGACGGACAAGGAGGACCACGUCAUCAUCUCGGACAGCCACUACUGCCCUCUGGGAGUGGAGCUGGCGGAUGGGGAGGGCAGGCAGGCCUCUCCCACGCAGCAGCUGAGGAAGUCGCCUUCAGAACCUGCCCUGUACGGCCCUCUUCCUCCCCCCCUCUCCCAGAACUCUCCAGAAGAAACGCCAAGUCAGCAAGACUCUGAAGCCGAUGAAGGACUUCAAGCGGCGGAGACCAAACCGCAGACUGAACCCUCUAAAGAGGAACACUCCUCAGAAGAAGCAGAUAAGAAGGCGGGCUUGUGGGCGAGGAAUUCCCCGUACCCCAAUGAUCAGGCAUUCGAGGAGUACUUGAAACGGCUGUCUGACCACUCCGUGACACAACAAGCCUCCCAGGACCCCAGUGUUAAUAGCUCUCAGCUCUCGGAUGGCCCUGCAGACCUAGAGGCCGCGCCCCCCGUGACUACCGUGGGCUCCACCCUCAACAGCCUGGUGGUGUCCUGUGCCUCUGCUGUGGGGGAGAGGGUGGCUUCCACCUACGAGGCCCUCUCUCUGAAGAAGGUGAUGAACUACUAUUACCCCUCUGGGGGCAGCUUGGCGGCGCCGCUGGAGGGGAGCAAAGAGACCAGGGAGGAGCAGAUGCGGUCUGAGGAGUCGAUGCAGGGCAAGAAGAGCUCCAGCCUGGGGGACAUCCGAGAGGAGGAGGCCGAAGGCCUGAGCCGCAGGCUGUCCCUACCUGGCCUGCUGUCCCAAGUGUCUCCCAGGCUGCUGAGGAAGGCAGGCCGAUCCCGGGUGCGAAUGGUGGCUCUGACUCCGACUUCGGACACGGAGGCUGAUGGCUAUCUGCCCUCCCUGCACACAGAGGUGUGGAGCUGGGGGAGAGGCAAGGAGGGGCAGCUUGGCCAUGGAGAUAUCUUACCCAGGCUGCAGCCUCUGUGCAUUAAGAGUCUGAACAGUAAAGAAAUCAUCCGUGUGGCUGCUGGAGCCCACCACUCGCUGGCCCUGACUGCCCAGUCGCAGCUUUUCUCCUGGGGCAGUAACAGCUCUGGACAGCUUGGUCACAUGGAGUCACCCACUACCAUUCCCCGGCUUACUAAGAUGUCGGAGGGAAUCCGGGUGUGGGAUGUUGCGGCCGGUCAGCAGCACACCCUGCUGCUGGCUGACGGAGACUGCUUCCAGCCCAUCCUGUACUACAGCGGGAAGCAGGUCAGGGAGGAUGAUGGCAGUCCGCAGACCGACGGCGGUUAUACCCAGCAGCCUGUACUCCUGCCUUUCUGCAUGAACAUGGGCUACGUGAGCUCAGUGUUUGCAGGAGGGCAGAGCUGCCUGGCACUGGCAGACAGGAACAUCAUGGGCUUCAUUGCCAGCCUGCAUGAGCUGGCGUCUGCCGAGAGAAAAUUCUACUGCAGGCUGAGUAGCAUCAAAUCUCAUAUCUUGCGGCCGCUGCUGGGAUUGGAGAACCUCUGCUCAGCCCUGGGCCCCACCUCCAGCCUCUUGCUCCAGACGAUGGCCAGCCGCUUCAGCAGACUGUGUUACCUGACCGGCCAGCACGCCGCCUCCCUCAGCACCUUCAUCCGGCGCAGCAAGGAGGUGAAGGAGCUGGUGAUGUUGGAGCACGCGGGGAUAUUUCUGGACACUUACAAAGAAUACUGUAACUCUGUGGGGAAUUUCCUUGUGAUGGGUGGAUUUCAAGCUCUCGCCAAGCCCUCACUUGACUUCUUCGGCAAAAGCCCGGAGCUUCUGCACCGGCUUUCGGAAACCAACGACGAGAGCGUGCCCCUCUGUGACCUGCUGCAGGUGCUGCUCUACCUACCCAUCAGACACCUGCACGAGUACGGCAGAGUGCUGCUCAAACUGGCCACCUGCUUCGAAGUGACUGCCCCCGAUUAUCAGAGUCUACAAGAUGGCAGUUCUAAGUAUGAAGCACUAGCUAUCCAUUUGAAAAGGAAGAGGAAGGAUUCCGAAUACACCUACCACUUUUGGAAGACUUUCCCAGGAAAAAUGACGGACUCUCUCAGGAAACCCUCCCGGCGGCUCAUCUGUGAAAGCAGCAACAAGGCCUUGACCCUGCAGAACGCAGGGAGAUUCUCCGUCAACUGGUUUAUCCUCUUCAACGACGCCCUGGUGCACGCACAGGGCUUUCACCCAUAUAAGACCUUUUUUUCAACCCACCAUGUCUUCCCUCUGUCCACACUGUGGGUUGAGCCAAUCUCUGAAGAACAAAGUGGCCUUUCUGGGCUGAAAAUCACCUCUCCAGAAGAACAGUUCACUCUGUUGGCAUCUUCCCCCAUGGAAAAGGGGAAGUGGUUGAGGGCAAUAAACCAGGCCGUGGAGCAGGCUCUGACUGGUGCUGUCGAUACCCCGGUGCCAGGCAGCGGUAGUAUCCAAAGGCCAGAGCCCCCCAUCUCCAGGACAGCGAAAUACACCUUCUACAAGGACAGCCGGCUCAAGGAAGCUACGUAUGAGGGUCGCUGGCUGGCAGGGAAGCCAAACGGCAAGGGUGUUCUGAAAUGGCCAGAUGGCAGAACAUACACGGGCACCUUUAAGAAUGGCCUGGAAGAUGGUUAUGGAGAAUAUAUCAUUCCUAACAAGCCCCUGAAUAAGAAUGAUCAUUACCAAGGCCACUGGAAAGAGGGGAAAAUGCAUGGCUAUGGAAUCUACAGAUAUGCCACAGGGGAGGUGUAUGAGGGCUCCUUUCAGGACAACAUGCGCCACGGCCACGGAAUGUUCCGCAGUGGGAAGCUCACUUCCUCCUCCCCCAGCGUGUUCAUUGGUCAGUGGGUGCAGGACAAGAAGACGGGCUACGGAGUGUUCGACGACAUCAUCAGGGGUGAGAAAUACAUGGGUAUGUGGCAGGAUGACCAACGCCAGGGCAAUGGAGUCAUUGUUACCCAGUUCGGACUGUAUUACGAAGGAGCCUUCAACAGCAACAAAAUGAUGGGCACAGGAAUUCUCCUGUCAGAAGAUGACACCACAUAUGAGGGGGAGUUUUUAGAAGACUGGACUCUCAAUGGAAAGGGCACACUGACAAUGCCAAACGGAGAUUACUUCGAAGGCACCUUCAGUGGAGAGUGGGGCAGUGGCCUGAAGGUAGUGGGAACGUACUUCAAGCCAAACAUGUACGACAAUGACAAGGAAAAGGAAAAGACCAGGGUUCUGAAGCUGGGUAGCCUGGCAGUGCCCCCAGAAGAGAAGUGGAAGGCUGUGUUUGAGGAGUGCUGGAGCCACCUGGGCUGCGACAGCCCCGGGCAGGGGGAGAACUGGAGAGCCUGGGAAAACAUAGCCGUCGCCCUGACGACCAGCAGAAGACAGCACAGGGACAGCCCUGAAUUGAUUAGUCGUUCCCACAACAAAACCCUGGAGAGCCUGGAAGUCAUUCCACAGCACAUAGGGCCGGUCACUCUGGAGAAAUACGAGAAUAUCCGGAGAUAUUUAAUCAAGGCCUGCGACACCCCUCUCCACCCACUGGGCAGGCUGCUGGAGACUCUGGUCGCUGUGUACAGGAUGACGUAUGUAGGAGUGGGAGCCAACCGGCGUCUCCUGCAGCAGGCCGUCAACGAGAUCAAGUCCUACCUGAAGCGCAUCUUCCAGCUGGUCAGGUUCCUUUUCCCUGAUCUUCCAGAAGAAGGUGGUGUGAUCCCUGCACCCAGGACUGAAUCACAAGUCCUGAAAAUGCAGAAUGAGGAGGAAAACCUGGACAAGUCCGAGUCCCCACAGCCUGGGCGUGUGGUGUCCAGCUCGGGGCUCUUGCUGCCCGUUCUUCUGCCCCGCCUCUACCCGCCUCUGUUCACGCUGUACGCCCUGGAGAACGAGCGCGAAGAGGACGUCUACUGGGAGUGCGUGCUGCGCCUCAACAAGCAGCCGGACAUCGCCCUCCUGAAUUUCCUUGGAGUGCAGCAGAAAUUCUGGCCUGUCUCUAUUUCUGUUUUGGGAGAAAAGAAACAGAUACUGCCGAGCACAAAGGAUGCCUGCUUUGCUUCUGCUGUGGAAUGUUUACAACAAAUCAGCACAACUUUUACCCCCUCAGACAAACUGCACGUUAUUCAGCUAACGUUCGAGGAGAUCACACAGGAAGUCCUAUCACUGCUGAAAGAAGACUUCCUGUGGUCAAUGGACGACCUUUUCCCUGUGUUUUUGUAUGUGGUUCUUCGGGCACGAAUAAGGAAUCUAGGCUCCGAAGUACAUCUCAUUGAAGACCUGAUGGACCCUUGUGUGCAGCAUGGGGAACAGGGAAUCAUGUUUACCACACUUAAAGCUUGCUACUACCAGAUCCAACAUGAGAAGAUCACAUAAGACUUCAAGCUCCCAGUUUCCUUGAAGAUUCCAGCAAGGGUACCUGAGAGGAGAAAUCGAGGUCACUUGCUGGCCUUUCUGAUACCCAGUUAUGGAGCAUAAAGAGAGGGCUGAAACAAGAUUCUUUUAAACAUUACACCUCUAUGCUGGUGCCACUGGGUUGCUUUUAGUAUGAAUUUCUAAAAACUAUAUGGACUAAUUUUAUUCAGUCUCCUGAAUGACGUCUCAGAAUUUUGAAGUUUUCCUUCAUUUCAGUGGGGGAUCUGGUCCGGGCUUCCUGCACUGAAGGAAGAGUUCUUUUUAUUUUAUUUUUGAAUAUCCUCUAAACCUCACCUGUACGAGCUUCCAAACUUUCCUACAUCACCUUUAAAUAUUUCUUACCUAUAGUAAAGUGAACUCAGUGGUUCUUUGCUUGUGGAGGAGCAAUACUGUGUCUUGUGUAAAAUAAUCUUCAGACUGGGGAGGUUUUAAGAAUGCUGAGAAAGACAGCACAUUAUUUUUCAUGAAUCUUGUUUGAAAAGAAAUGUUUCCCUACAUCAUCCAUGGUUUCUUUUUGCCUAAAGAAGCUAAAGAUGAAACACUGACCUGCAGUCCUGCACCUCUGCCUCAUAAAGAGAGUAUGACCUGCAAGGAACAUUCACUGUAGAAAACUAGUAGUGUAACUGCACAUACAGGACAAAGCAAUCAGGCUGCUGUAUAACCUUAUUAGAUAUUGUUACUCUUAAUUUAUUCAUAUAGGGGUGCUCCAUCUGUCACAGUUUUACAAUUUCAAGGUUCUUUGAACUACUUCCGUGAAAUGAACAGUGAAUUAUAGAUAAUAUGUCAAAACAGUGAGUAGGUUUGCUUAUGCUUAUUGAUGCGAUGAAAGCCACAUUCAGCUACAGUAUGCCUCCUGUGUUUUAAAGAGAGUGCCAUGCCCCUCUUAUCCUCUCUAAAAAAAACAUCUCAUGUUCUAUCCAUCUAAGACUCUGGUUUUUACAGGGAUUACUGGGAAGGAAUCAUCGAAAAUCAGUUAUGAAAAUCUCAGGAUUUAACUUCAGCAUUAGGACAACAGCGAUCAUGUAGGUGACCUCGGAAAUUUCUCCAAGGGUCUUUCUUGUGUAUAGAAAAUCCUGUCCUUGUUCAUUUUUAGUUAAAUGUAUGUUAUAGUUAUCUAUUUCCGAGAGAUGGCUGUGCCGUGUUUUUUAAUUUACAAAGGAACCUUCUUUGACUUUAUUUGGCUUUAUAAAGCAUUGUACCCCAUCGAACUACAUAUUCCACAAAUAAUUGUCCAAACAAUCAGAAGUAUACAUAGACAGGCUUCUAACAUGUUCUGAUAAAUGCAGAAAAACUUUGUAUUAUUCAGGCAAGCAUGUUCUGAUCCCUUACAAAAUCCCUUACCGUGGGUUAGAUCAGAUUGUUUUUAAAAGCUUUUUGCUUCAACUUAAAGGUAGGAGCAAAGCCAGAAGUCUCCUUUUUACAUCAUUUUUAUUUCUGCUUGUCUGAACAAUAGGUGGUGCUAUAAUACUGCACAAAACCAACGGAAUAGUGCUUCAUAUCCACUAUGGUGUAAAUCUUGGUGAUUGUUUUACCAGGUUAGUGUUACUAAUUUCCUAGACAUUUCUGUAUGAAAUAUGAAUUUCCUGUGUGCCAUACAGUAUAUGAGUCAAAAAAGUUGGAGAUUCUGCAGGACUGUAAGAUGUCUUCAUAGUGUUCUUCCUUCUUGUGGUGCCAUAUUUUAGUUUAUAGGUUCCAGGUUGUAUUUAAAGAUCAGUAAGUUUGAAUUCCCCCUACCAUUGUUUCUAUUGAAAGGGAAUCACCCAGUCCUAUUAUUAAUUAUUGGGUAUGAUAUAAAGUCCUUUGGUGCAGAAAUGAGUGAACAAUUUUGAAGACAAUGACCAGAAUACAUAAGCAGAUUAAAAGGGUUACAAUUAAAACUACUUUGAAAAUAAAUGUAUAUACAUUUUUGUAAUGCAAUAAAGGCCCUAGCACCCCUGCAACCCUGUAUGGGAUAAAGUGGUUAAGAAAUGGAUGAGCGGAAAACGCAAUAGCUGCCUUGUAAUGUGGUGUCAAUCGUGGUAUGAUUCUUGAUGGGUUUAAACUUGCUUUCCUUUUUUGUUUAAUACAUGCAUUUUUAUCACAUACUGUAACCAAGGUGUACAGUACAGUAUAUGCAGUUCAGCACCCCUCUCCCUCAGUGGUAUUUGAUGGAUAUCCAGACUACGGAUGAUGUAGUGGGUGUUGUUUAACAAAUAUAGCAUUAAUAAACAAGCCUUUUGAUGCUUGACUGUCUUGUGGUCUGCAAUGUAUUUCCAGAACAGAAUGACUCAUAAUUUUACAUUUUACAUCCCAGUAUGACAUUCAAAGCUUUUUUUCUCUAGUUUUUUUUUAAAUUCCUGUCAACUCCAGCUAGGUUCCAGCUAAAAACUCCUAACUGGCAUUGUCUUGGAAAAUUGGGGAGUUCUUUCUAAACAAUGAAAAAAGAGUGAUAACCAUGCUCAAAGCCAAGCUUUGCUUCCAGUGCCCUACCUUAACAUUUUAAACUGGUCGUGCGAACGAUCAAUGAAGGAAUGAGGCCGAUAUGAGACCGAUCCUGCUGUAGCGUGGAUUGGAUGGACAGUUUUGAGUUAAGCUGUCCUGCAUGUCUGCAAAGACUAAUUAAUCCAGAUUAAUUGCAGUGGUCCACCUGGGUGCCUGGCAAAUCAUUAUCAGUUUGACGAUUUAGGGAGAAGCCUAAACAUGACGAUGCUUCACUAUACAGUAGUUCACCGUACUUUAUUUAGUGUACAUUCAAAUACUAAAAAACUCAUUUGAUUGUCCCUGUUUUUCAGUAUUUGUACAUAGCCACCUUCCAUCUCUGAAAGAAUGAUAAAUGCAAUGUGAUUUAUAUUUACAUAUACUAAAGAACUGGAUCAAUGUGAAAUGUCACUUACAUGGUAAGCAUAUAUCUGAGGUCAGAAAGGGAGUAUGCCAAUGCUUUAAGACAAGUGUUAAUGACAUUAAUUAGCUGAACUGCAUUUAAGGAUAAAACAAAGGAUACCAGCUGCAAAUCAAGACAACGAUUGCUUUCCAAGCAAUUGUGCCGAUCCCUUUCUGACCAGGUUUUUCUUUCUAAUUGCCGUACACACACCAGCAAGCACAAUUUAAAAUUGCACUGUAAUGCAUUCUUCUCAUUGAAAAGGUCUAAAGAUACAAUACAUGGUCUUUGCUUAAUUGUUGUUCAUAAGUAGGCGCAAAGCCUUGGAGAAGCUAGCUACUCUGUAAGAAGGUAACUGUAUACUGUAGAAACAUGCACUGGUAUUGUGUGGGUAUUUAUGAAAUGUCAUAUGAUUUUAUUAGGAUUUAUUGCAAGUCUGUUAAUAUGCUGAAAGAACGUGAAUCUGUUGUAUUGGCGUUUUGUUUUUGAAUCUUUUAUCUUAAUUUAUUAUUAAGGUCAUAUUGGCCCUUAUUUUUAGUGGAAGGUCACCUACUGUCUUCUCAAAGGUGAAGGUGAAACUCUAGUAAAGAUGGUUUAUGCAAAGGCUUUCAUCAUCUUCCUCGUAACCAUUUUUUCCCCACUGAACUGAAAUUAGUUGAUAUUGAAAAAGAUGGGCUGAAAUCAUUCCAUUUUCUUAAAAUUAAGUGUGAGUGCAGAGUUGGUUUAUAUUGAAAUUUCUAUUUAGAAAUCACACUUUUUCUGCAGAUACUGCUCUGAACGUUUUCUUUUCCUAAAAGUUUAUUUAAAAACAGUUUGCGGUGCAUUUAACACUGGUGUGUUGCAUUACACAUUUUGUCAGUGCUUUUCACUUCUUCAGUGAAAGAAAAUCCAGAUUCUCCAUUUUCCACUGCUAACAUAGUAUAAUCUCGGACGUUCGAUCUCACAAUUACUAUGUUUUUUUCUAUCAUUUACAAGAACAAUAAUGCAUAUCAUGUGUAUAUAUUGUACUAAUAAGUAAUGAAACUGAAGUGUUAAUAUGAACCAGGAUUAAUAAAAGCAAUUUGAAGAAAA